CGCGCAGGUAGUCGGGCAGGCUGCGCAGCCCCAGCCCGGCGUCGAUCACCACGUCGCGCUGCGAGCCCCGCACCAGCCAGAUGUUGGCCCGGUUGCCCGACUCGUAGAAGCGCUCCUGGAUCCAGAAGAUGCCGCCGCCCAGGGGGGACCAAGGCUGUUGUGACAAGUGUUUGCACCCACACUGAUACCUUCAGGGACAUAAGUAACUCCAGAUGGCUGGGUCAGGUAGAGGAAGAGGACGUGCUGCGUUUACCUUCAACAUUGAGGCCAUUGGCUUUUCUAAAGGUGCAUCUCUUCCCGACGUUGUGUGUAAGCCUCCCCCACCAUUUCCUAGUACAGACAAUAAGCCAGUGCCUCUGAAAACAGGAGAAGACGAAGAUUACAUGUUGGCCUUAAAACAAGAUUUUAGAGGAACUAUGAAAAAAAUGCCAUAUUUUUUGGCAGUAGAAGAAGAACGUGAAGCAAUUGAAAGGUACAGUAAAAAGUACCUGAGUAGGGAAAAGGAGCAUGCAGCGUGGACCCCAGAUUGGAGAAGACUCCCAAGAGAGAUGAAGCCAAGAAAAAAAAUGAAAAAAGCAGGUGCGAAACCAAGAAAGGCAAACAGUUCUGACCCUAAAAGUAAUCUGGAUGUGUUGAAAAAAAUUGAGGAGUUGGAAAAGAAGGAUGAUGAAGAAGAGAAAUCUGAAGAUGAGAAAGACAAAACAAAAGACAAAGAAGGUGAAGACGAUGAUGAAGCAGAAGAACCAGAGGAAUACGAUGAAGAGGAGCACGAAGAGGAAAAUGACUACAUUUCUUCAUAUUUUGAAGAUGGAGAUGACUUUGGUGCUGGCAGUGAUGACAAUAUGGAUGAAGCAACGUACUAGCUAUUGUUGCUAGGUGGUAUACUGUUCAAGCCUUACACUACUUGAAAUAUAAACCUGGAGGUAGGCUGGGUAUCACUGACAGAACUAAUGCAUUAUCUCCGUUGGGUUUAGGUAUACUCUCCAAAAAAAUACUGGACAACUUUAUUUUAAUUGUACUAUGCUGUGAAAUGGGAUCCUGGAUCCCACAUCUUUUUCUUUUGCCAUGUUUUGCAGACAUGCACCUUUUUAAGGUUCUCUGGAAUGUUCACUGAUGGAGCAAGCUAGAUGCCAUUGUACUGCCUCUGCACAAACAAAGAAUGUAUGCAUUUUAAUUGAAUUGUGCCUAAGCAUUUGCACUAGUCAGUUCCAUGCUUUAGCUGUUAAAUCUUGAAAACAAGUGAAAUUCUUGAUAACUGGAGCAAAGCAAAGAUAGGACCUUUAUGGGAAUAAGCUGCUUAUAUUUAGCAGCAGACUUCUUUGAAGGAAUUUAUGUAACUUCUGAAUUCAGGUGACUGAAAAUAAUUGACCACUAAGCACUUUAAUAUAAACUGACUUGAAAUACGGACUAACAAGGUAAUGAGAGUAUUUUGAAGAGCCGUUACGCUAGUCAGCAGAACUCUUACCUUUAUUGAAAAGGGACAGUAAUAUUUAACCGUGUUACAUUGCCUUUAUGCAUCAGCAUUAAGUAAUAAUUAAAGGUAAUUUAGCAAGAAUGGCAGAAAUUAAGAUUCAGAAAUGUGAAUCAUAAUUUUCAUCUUUGUCAUACAGAUUGAAGUGACAAGAAUUUUAGUCCUUUGCCUUCAUUUCUCUGCCUAUUUAGGCAAAACUAACUUUUCUACCUCACAGAGCUGUUAAGUGAGAUGGCAGAUCUAUGUAACUGCUAAAGCAUUUACUUGCUUUCCUACAAAACUGAGACAAGCUUUACAGACAGCAAAAUCAAUAAAAAGACAAAAAUGUAGGAAAGGAAAGUGGUGAAAUAUUUUGAUGCAUGAGGUUUUAAUUAGGAAAACAUGAGUGCUGAGAAUAGCAAAGCUAGAAUGCUUGGAAACACGUAUCUUAUUUUAGAGCCAGACAAAAUGUAGAUUUAUUCCUGAGAUUAGAAAGCAAAGGAACACAAUGACAGCGUAUUGACAAUGACUGUGUCCUUUUGUCUUUUGAUGAUAUGAAAUACUAUUUAUCAGUGUUAUUGAUCAGGUUAUUACGUUCUGUUCCUGGUAACUUAGUGCUAAUGACUAUCAGGGUUAAUGAAAGAACAGUUAAGACAAAACCAAUUCUUUUAUCAGAAGAGCUUUCCUUGGAAGUUUGGCGUUUUGUCAAGCAGUGCUUUGUCUCACUGCUGACUAGAAAAUAGUACACCAUUAUUCUAUGGAUCAUUCUGUGCAAUAAGGUACAGCUUAAGGUAUAGCUUUCAAGUGUUCUGAUAAGUUUCAUAUCCAUUCUAAAGGAAAUGAAACUAAAAUUCAACAUGUCACACCUCAGAGGUAUACUUGUGUUUUGAAGCCUGUACAAAUAGUGUUUAAUAAACGUUCUGCUGUAUUGCACAGAAAGUGCAUUCUGUUGUCUUUUUUUUUUUGACAACAUAGAUGCUAGCAGUUGUUUAUUGAACAGUUGGGCCUGUUUCUUUGAUGUGACAUAAACUCUUCAUCAUCUUUAAAAGGUGAACUAUGGUUACCUGUCCUACAGAGGGAACCACACAAGUCUCAGGAUAGAUCUUUUAAGACCAACUGAACAAUGGCAGAUAAGGCCAAAGCUGAAGAGCAGCCAGAGUUCUAGGAUUCACCUCUGAAAUGAAACGGUAAAGAGACAAAACACCAACAUAGGAAAACAGGUGUUUCUAACUGCUGAGAAUUUAUUGCAACACCAUAAUGCUGAUAAAACUCAGGCUGUCCAUUGGGUCUCAGCAAACUUUGGAUUUGGGUAGAUUUAAAUUCAAAUUCUGUCUUAACAGCACAGCAGAAAAAUACUGAUAUGUUGUACAAGAAGGCAAGGCACUGCUUUUAGCUUCCAGUGUGCAGGGAGCUUGCCAGCUAAAAGCUUCGCUAGGAACUACCUGUCUAGCCAAGGCCAGUGGCUGUUUGGUGCUCAGCUGCUUACCAGUGCUAACCUGUGGCCACAACCUUGAUUUUUCAUGCCGAUUAUUUUAAUGCUCAUUUCAGAAAACUAACAAGUUCUCGGAACUUUAUACAGAAGAGUUCCAAGUUACACAAGACAGGCACAGGACAAACAUUUAAGUUACCAGUUAUACUGCACCAGACGUGAA